ACGCCUCCUUAGUUUCUCACCGACCAGGCGGAGUUUCGUCAGUGAGAUCGGGGGUUACACGUAGCUGCUGUUUUUGACGGCAGACAUUCGUCUCUUUCUCUCGAUGUUUCUCCAAAGCACCGAGAACGACAUGCGUUUCAAACCGACUCGAGACCGACGGUACAGCGCGCGAUGCUGCGGCUGCUGUCACGUGCGCACUGGAACCAUCAUUUUGGGCACCUGGUACAUGGUGGUGAACCUGUUGAUGGGUAUCCUGUUGACUGUGGCAGUUACUCACCCUGAAAAUGUCCCCACUGUUGACCUGCAGUAUGAGGUUAUUGAGCGUUACUUAGCCUCUGACCGAAUGUCAGAGAAUGCAUGUGUUGGCUUUGCCAUCUCACUCCUGAUGCUCACCAUCAGUGCCAUGAUGGUGUAUGGAGCUAUAACUAAUCGUGACGGUUGGCUCAUCCCGUUCUUUUGCUACCAGCUCUUUGACUUUGCGCUGAGCUGUCUGGUAGCUAUCAGCUCCCUGACAUACCUGCCCAGAAUCAAGGACUACCUGGACCAGCUGCCCGACUUUCCCUACAAAGACAACCUGCUCUCUCUGGACUCCAGCUGUCUGCUGCUCUUCGUGCUCGUCUUCGUCACCGUUCUCAUCGUCCUCAAGGCUUACUUGAUCAACUGCGUGUGGAACUGCUAUAAGUACAUAAACAACAGGAACACUCCGGAAAUUGCUGUCUAUCCUGGUUUUGAGACCCCGCCUCAGUACAUCCUGCCUACUUAUGAAAUGGCCAUGACGAUGCCAGCGAAAGAGCCGCCACCCCCCUACACGGCAGCUUAAAUUUCCUGCAGUAAAUCCAGUGCAAACACCCAUCUCUGCCUUUCGAUCCUGCCUUUCAUUCCAACACACGGAGGGCGUUUAGACUCCCAGCAUAUCCACACAUCUCAUCAUCAGCUUUUACAUCUCAUAGACUGUCCCGUGACUUUCUUUCGCAUGACUUUCGUAACACUUCACCACUGCAGAUCUAUUUUUGUAAAACCAUAUGAAAUUAUUUGAAGCGGCACGUGGUCGGGGAGGGGAGAGAUUGCGGCAGGAUUCGUUCGAAUUAGCGUAUCGAUAUAUGAGAUGAGAUACCAUAAUCUUUUGAGGACUCGGGCUCUGCAAUAAAUCGUGCUUAGGACAGAACUGUGUAGGUAAUUCAUAGCGAAUGGCUAAUGAAAUGAUUCUUUGGGGCUGCCGUUUGAAAUUUUUACCAAUGAAAGCUUUCGCCGCAAGCUCCAUCCAGCAUUUUUAAUGUUUUUAAUGCCAGUGUUUUGUUUUGCUGAUGUCUUAGUAGAGGAAGUAUUGUGAAAUAAACUUCGACGAGGCACCUGCGUUUAGAAUCACCAAAAUCUGUUUUGCUAGAUUAAAUACCUGUUUAGACAAUCCAGUGUGAUGGAUAAAAUUAUAUUUUUUCCUUCGUGUAGUUUAUUAGUGAACGUAAGACAUUCAUCCUUUCACAAGUGAAAGCUCGAAGCACUUUUUAUCUUGUUUAUAUAGUAGGCAUUGUGUUUUCCAUCCAUUGAACCCUUGUGCACCAUCACAUUAGCAGCCAUCAUUGUGAUCUGUUGUCAUGGUAACCGCUGAAUAAUGCUGUUUAACACACAGACAAUGAGAGAAAACUCUCCUCAUGAGAGACAAUUUUAUAAAGUAAUAAAAGGAAACUGCUAGUGCUGUAUUAAAUCAAUGGAUGCAUGUUAUUUUAUUUGGUUUCGUUUCUUGUAUGUGUUAUGUAAUCUUAAUUCAAUAAACAAUUUUAAAACAUUCAGAA